AUACUCCCAAAUCCGCCCGUUCCAGGAGUGGUAGAAGUCGUAGAGAACAUCCCUCGGGUGGUCGCGGUAGAGCACAGGCUCCAGUCGAGUACAGUGAGUGGUUGAAGUCUGCUGUACAGCAUCUCCCAAAGCCACAGACCGCAGAGAGUAUGUGGGAGUAUUAUAAGGCUUCAUGUGGGGUCCGCCCGACCCAGCAUCGACCUGAGGCUGACAGCAUUGG